AUGGUUGACAUCAGCCAUCGCCGAGUCAUAUCGGCGAACCCAUCCUCUCCUGCCUUUGUCAAUUCCCCUCCGGUUGAAGAGUUUGGAUGCUUUGAUGAAGAGUCAUGUCGAUACUUUCUCCGCGAAGUUGGGACGCGGGUUGUCCCUUGCUAUCCCUUCCUCUUUGGCAUGGAAGAGGUGUACAGCCUGAUCCUCGAGAGAUUUGGGUAUCAGGGAAUGGCCGAUGCCACCAGUCUCCUCCAAGAAUUUCUUGAGACCGACAAUGCUGCCGGCGGCUUUGGCGAUGAUGGUGACAUCUGGCGCUCCUGGCGUCAUAGUUGGAAACACCGAAAUGAUGAUAGACUGCGUCCUUUCAUACCCAAAAUUGGCAAUUUCGUCCUUCCGGAGCCAACUCAGCGUCACAUCCGCAUCCUCAAAGCGCGGAACUUCAUCAAGAAAUGCGAGCGAGGCCUUGCUCAAGCUCGGCCAUCAGCGUUGGCUUCUAGCCCUGGCCAUCAAAACCAAGACCAAGCUGGAAGGGCAACUCCUGGCCAGACAGGAGAGGUCGACCUGGAAGACGCAUACGUAUUGCCUGCCAUAACAUAUUCUCACCAGAGAGCUCGCACUGCCCUGGCAUCUGGUGAUCCAGCUGCAGCGAAUGCAUAUGUGGCCCGAAUACAGCAGAGCAAUCGUGCCCGCUUAACAGCCAGCGCAGUAUCGUCCCAGCAAGAAUUUGUUGAGGUGGACCCGUCAAACCUGACCCCAGAUGUCGACCGCUCGCUCUUGCUUUCUUUCGAGAUGGUCACAAACAAUCCCACAUCUGUCACGGGCAAUGGACCCAGUUUGAGAGGUGGUGAAGCUGAAAUCAUCACCCUCCAACAAGUCAGCUCGCCUAUCAGUCCGGAGAGCCCAGAAGAAGCCGUUGUAGCAACCAAUCAAGCAAGUUCCAGGACCGAAACUAGCGGUUUGCCAGCACUCGCAUCUGUUGAAGCCCAAUCAACAGGGAUCAUCGAGCAGUCGUCCAACAAGAAUGUUGACUCUGAGCCUUCAGACACUGGCAUUCAGCCAGACCAGAAUGAGAACACAGAUACUCUGGGAGAAGAUGAAGCGGGAGAUGAUCAAGAUGAAGUGCUCAAGGGCGCCGGGCGUAACACUCGAGUUGCUUCAGGAGAGCCGCUCACCGCGAGUAUGAGAGCACGGGCGAGGCAUAGAGAAUUCCGAAUGGUUGAUGGGGACAUAUUCUACCCAAGAUCGCCACGAAAGAGAGAUCCAUCUCAAGCAACUGUCCUGGAUGGAAUUGCCAUGACUGCCACUGGAACAAGGCAAGGGUCCGUCGUGCGCCGAAGUUGCACACCUGUGCUGCAGAAAAUAGAGUCCCAGCAGGGCUGGUUGAAGAAUACGGCCAACAGCAUGUUGUCUUUGUUCCGCCGCGAGAGCCAAAGCAAGAAGUCCAUCUCAUCCUCACAAAAGUUAAAAUCGCACAACUCAACCCGUUCCGCAGUGAACCGUCGGGCACCGUCUGUUAUUCAUCCAUCAGCCGCUGCCGUCUCUGCGGCUGAAGCAUCGGCUGUGCGCUCCUCUCCUCUUGAGACAACCUCUGACCCUGCUACUUCUACUCCAAGACACCUUCAUUCCUCUUCUAUUUUCCCAAGAAACUCUCGUCAUCCCACUGCACUGGGUGUUGUGGAACAGAGUCUCUCAAAUCCUCGGACGCGCCGCAACCGCCUCAAGAGGUUUCUAUCUGUUCGAUCAACCACUCGACCUUCGACUACAGCUCCGUCCACUAGUCGUCCUUCGGCCACCACUCCCACGAAUUCUCCUCCUUCUACCGUCGAAGACAGUGUCCAGAGAACCCUAUCAAGCGUUUCGACGCGCCGCCGCCGUCGUUCUGCGUACAGCUUUACGCUUGACACAACAACCGGCAAUCCUAGCACUGCUCCUCUGCCAAUUCCUCCUUCCUCUACCACUGAACACCAACCAAGCCCUACAUUGUCCCGUCCGGCGCACGCAUUCGGACUUGACGGCGCAUUCGAUCGACUCGCCGCAGUCACCAAAAUUAAGAUGUCCGACUUUAACAAACCACUGCCGCUCAAUCCGAGCGAGGUGGUUCAAACAAUGGCAGCCAGACAUCAACAAUCCCUCGGUUCCCAAUCUCGCCGAUCUUACCAACCCAAUGGUGCCAAUGGACAACCCGCAGGAUGGUACACCUCGAACAACACCGGAAACUAUCAUGGCUUGUAUGGACCUAUUCGUGUUCCUGCUCCGGCGAACGGCAACUAUCAUGGCUAUGGAUCUGCCCGUGCUCCGGCUGUGGCAAGUGGACAAUAUGGUGGUUAUGGACAGAUCCGUGCUCCUGUUCCUGUGACUGGAAACUAUCGUGGCUAUGGAGCCAUCCGUGCUCCCAUCCCCGAGAGACACCAGCUUCUGCCACCUUGGCUGUCUGCUGAGCAGUACGGUCGGGAAGCUCAAGAACCGCUGAAGCCCGUUCGCCAGCCAGCGAAUCCCCCAGUCUCCCCCAUUGGUACCCUUGCAGACCCCUUUACAGACGCACCGAAAUUCGUACCACCAACUCGACCAGCGAACCCUAUCUCUGCUACGAAUCUUCGAGCGACCGCGCCAGAAUUUGUUCCUCCUGGUGAGCGAAUGGAAAUGCUACCCCCUUGCCCUCGUACGCCGUCACUUCGCUAUGCCAUACCCGCAAUUACUUCGUCCGCUGGAAGUCCUCGCGUCGUUCCACCGACCUCAAUCUCAAGGACCAACCGUCGAACUAGUCAAUCGUCUCUUAUGCUGGCUACUCCGACGCAUCGCCCGGCUCCUGCGCCUGGAAUCACUGCUUCAUCCACGGACACUCGUCGCGUUGGCCUACCGAGAUCGAUUUUGAAGAAGAGCCGUCGAGAUGGUCAACUGUCCCUUGAAGCGCCAUCACGUCGCCAGGCUGCGCCUGGAAUCACUGCUUCAUCCACGGACACUCGUCGUGUUGAUCCACCAAGAUCUAUCUUGAAGCCCGCCCGUCGAGCUAGUCAAAUGCCCAUGGAAUCUCCAAAGCAUCGUCCGGCUUCGCCCGCAACCACUGAAUCGCCCACUGCCGCCGCCCGCGCUGCUCUAGCGGCGUGUAUCGCAAAGAGCGCGCGUCGGAUGAGUCAAGUAUCCAUGAAAACACCACCACGUCGCCCUGCUGAGCCCGCGACCACUCCGUCACCCACUAGAGCUGCUCAUGCUGCUCUAGAGGCCUCUGUUGCGAACGUCAAGCGUCAAAUGGAUCAAUUGUCUCUCCUGAUGAAUACGCCAUCACCUCGCCCGGCUGAUACUCCCGGAAUCACUGCAACCACUCGUGUCGUUGCAGCACCGCGCUCAAUCUUGAAGAAGCCCAGCCGUCGAAGCAGCGAACCGUUCCUGCUAGAGGAUACACCAACACAUCGUCCGACCGCUGCCCCCGGUCUCACUGCAACCACUCGUGACGUUACAGCACCGCGCUCCAUCCUGAAGCCAAGCCGUCGAAGCAGUGAACCGUCCAGGAAGACGGAAACACCAUCUCGUCGCCCGGCGACACCGGCUGCAAUCCCUGCCGAUGCAUCACCCGCUAGCAUUCGCCGUGCUGCUGUAGCGAUCACGAUCGCGAACACCAAUCGCCGACUUAGUCGAGCGUCGUCCAUGGCAUCAACAGACGAUGGUCAAGGGGUAGCGCUUGCUGGUUCAUCGCCUAUCACUGGCACACAGGAACAGGAACAGAUCCAGAAGAGUUCGAGGGAGAGGACGUCGAAGACCCCGCGUCGCCGCGAACCAUCAGCAACCUCAUUCCAAAUUCCUUGAUGCGGGCUAUUGACGCGGACGACGCUGAUGUCGGAACUCCCAGCAGACAAUCUCGUGUCCAGAAACCCAGCCAAGCCAGCAUGGACAGCAGCUUCGGAAGCACUGAUCGAAGCUUCAGCCACUCUGGCUCCUAUUCGACUCAGGGCGGAGGAAGCGGCUAUUAGAAGACGGGAGGGGGUUCAUGUUUGGUGUCGAAAGAAGGCGGAGAGAAAAAGGAAAAACGAAAAAGAAAAAAAGCCUCCUAGAAGGAGAAGAGACAGCGCUCCUAUUGCAGAGCCUGUCUGGUUGUCAGAGUACAAGUGGCUGAAAAGGUCACUUUUUUCCGUUUUGUUUUGUGACGACACCCAACACCCGACUGUGGCGUUACUCGCUCGUCGGUCGAAGGUCACUCAUCAGUCACCACUCUGUUCAGCGCUCGUCACCAUUUGCUGAGUGCUCACUUUUCAGCACUCACCAACACUUGUCAGAGUCGAUCACUCGUCGCCAGUUCUCUUUUCUCAGCACUAAUCACCAACUGUCAGAGUACUCUACUCUUUUUCUCAGCACUAAUCACCACGUUUCUCUGAGAGAAACCAAUUCACUUCACACUGGUUUAAUCAAUCCACCCUCCAGUGCUAUGUAUGUAAGACCACCAAUGCAAAAACUGUUCAAAUAG